AUGAGCGGCCCGCUUCGAAGUGUGCUGACCUUCCGCAGACCUGCAGAAGGCAUGGAGCCGUGCAUUCUCUCAGUGAGAAGGACUUUCUUGGACUUGUCCCCGUUUCCCACUGCGCUGCCCCGCAGUGCGUCAGCUCCUGGGCGAUCAGUGCAGCCGGUGCGUUCCAACUUCCACACGGCACCGACACCUUCCCAUCCGAUCCCAUCACAACAUCUCCAGGUACAGAGGGUGCCCAUUCCAUCGCUAACGAUGGAAAGAGUGGGAGCUUCCCCACUCCAUUUGGUGCCAGAGCGUGACACACGGCCAGGGCAGGCAAUGACACACAACGAUGCAGUGCGAAGGCCGCAGAAUCUUCUUGGGGCACAGGCACUUGGUGAGGUGCAAAACCCGCCAGGGCAGCACAGCAUGAUCACGCCACAGGCAUUGCAACUGACUGAGCACAGUCGGGAGCAGAAUUUUUUGAUGCCUCAGCACAUGAUGCAGCCAUGGCAACAAGCACCAAUGACACAGGCAGCGGCAAGCCAUGCAUCGUCAGAGCCUAUGAACAAUCCAACACCUGCGGAAUUGCACGAAGCAGGCGAAUGUCAGCCUUGCAAGUUCUUCUACGGGGCCACUUGGCCAGUGGGUCGGCGCUGCCACUUCGGCGACCGCUGCCCGAAGUGCCAUCUCUGCACCAAGGCACAGGCCAUGAAGCGCGUGAAGGUCUUAGGAUACAAGAGCCGUCAGCAAGCCAAGGAAGCCCAACCGGCCGAAGGUCACGUCCAUUACGGACCGGGAUCUGCAGGGCCGGCCGAGUUUCACCGAGAAGGCGGAGCAGGGAAGGAGGGAGGGAAGGACUUCUUGGGCUGGUACAUGGUGAAGUUGGAUCGGGUGGUCCUGGCACCGCCCGAGUGCAAUGAACAGGAGAUGGAAGAUUGGGUGAGACAAAGCGUCGGCUAUGGAUGUAGAAAGGGCUUGAAACCCGAGAGCCCGAACCAGGACAGCUUCUCCAUGGUAAUGGUGGAGAAUGAUUUUGCGAUGUACGGUGUUUAUGAUGGCCAUGGUCCAGCAGGCCACGACUGCUCGGACCUGUCCUUGAGGCACGCGAGAAGCGUGCGUGAGAAGCGAGAGAAGCUGCUCAAGGUUUUCACUGGGCUCUUGAAGAAGCUUUGCAGUGCCUUCUUAAACGACCCUGACCGAGAACGGGAUCCUGGCGCGGUCCUCACCAAGGUUUUCCUGGACACGCAAGAGAUCCUCAUGAAGCAAGGGACCUUUGAGACCAGCGGUACCACGUGUACCAUCGUGUAUCAUGAUAAGAAGCUCGAUAAGCUCACCAUCGCUCAUGUGGGUGACAGCCGCAGUGUGCUGGGGAAGAAGAAAGAUGAGAUGUCGCCCUGGGAGAGCUUGGAGUUGACCACAGAUCAUAAGCCCGAUCUUCCCAAGGAGAAGCAACGCAUUGAGAAUGCGAACCCUCCUGGCCGUGUGGUCUUCGACGGCUAUUACAACCAUCGUGUCUUCGCGAUGAACGGGAUGUAUCCAGGCCUCAACAUGUCCCGGGCGCUGGGAGAUGUGAUUGCACACAAAGAGGCGGGCCUCAGCGCCGAGCCGGACAUUUGCGUCAUUGACCUGAAGGCAGAGCGCGAGAAAUACGCCAAGCUCAUGCUGCUAGUGUGCACGGAUGGCGUUUGGGAGUUCAUUCUAAGCCAAGAGGCCAUUAACAUGGUGCAGAAAUUUCCUGACUGCCAACAGGCAGUGGAUCGGCUCAUGAAGGAAAGCUGGGAUCGAUGGAUGAAGGACUCCGACAAUGAAAUCACGGACGACAUUACUGCCGUCUUGGUGCACUUGUGA